GCGGUGGCGGGCAUCCCCUCCACUCCUCGAAACCACCAUGUCCUCCGCCGCUGCAAAGGCUGAAGCUCGCAGGAAAGCUAUUCUCGCACGCGGCGGCGACCGCCUUGCGAGGCUCACGUCGUCUGCGCGGGGAGAGGACGCGUCGGCGUAUCUGCACGAUGACCCUCCGCUGGCACCGCUGCCCACGAAUAGGCCUACGCUAGAGAGAUUCGUCGGCGAAGAGACCAGCAUGCCAAGGCCCACGCCAACGUCGACAGCGGCUGCUCCCCGCCCUGCACCGAAACCACAGGCCCCCGGCACACGCGCUGGCACACAGUUGCCUCCCGCGCAAGAGGAACAAAUGAGACAGUUCCGUGAAGCCUUCGCUGCCGCUGCUGGUGGCUCAUUCCCGUCUUUGCCCUCUACUGCUCCGGGAGAGGACCCGCUAGCUGCCAUGAUGGCCAGCAUGUCGCAGCCUGGUGGCAUGCCUGGCAUGUCCGGCAUACCACAGCAGAAAGUCGCUGCUGCCAAACCCAAGACGCGUCUACAGAAACUCUUGCCAUUCGUUCACCUGACCGCUGCAUGGAUGCUCCUCAUGUACUUCGUGUUCUGGAGAGAGCCAGAGGCCUUCGAAAGCCGAACACAUCGUCUGCUGUCUGAUGACGUAUGGAGGCGGUGGGCAGAGCUAGGGUGGAAGAGUCCGAGCGAUGGUUGGGGAGUACAACCAGUGCCUUUCUUCUGGGCAUUCACUGCACUCACACUUGCUCUGCAUUCGUGGCGUAUAUUCUCUAGAGUGGAUGCGCCUCAACUGCCCAUGCUGCUGGCCCUUGCGCUGCCGCACCUUCCACCUCCAUUUCCAUCCAUCAUCACGAAUGGCUUAGCGUACCUCAAGAUUGGUAGUGUAUUCCUCGAUGAUAUUGCAGGGUUGCUGGUCGGGAUAGGAUUGUUCAUAUGGAUCGCGGCUUUAAUAGCGACUUGAAAUGAUGUCUGUAUCACGACUCCAACGACACACAGUCAGUGUAGAAUCACAUUAAUGCAGCUCCGACCUUGCAUGCAAUGGACUCUAUUACCGAUG